GAACUACAAGCUACAAGAUGACUUCUCCCACAGAGGGCCUCAUAGAAGUAUCGAGCGAUUAUUCUACACCCGAGCCUAUAUUCAAUGACACAGCCAGUACCCUUACGAUCCCCAUUAGCUCACCGCGCGAAGGAUCUGGGCUGUCUCCAUUAGAACAGACCGCUGAGUGUGUUGAUGAAUACGAUCAUGGCGACAAAAUUGAUACUACCGACAACACCAUAUCCGAGCCGCUUGAAGCUGUCGAACCCUUUGGAUGCAUGUCCAACGAUACUAGUUGCCAUUCGGCUGGCAAUAUCAUUCGUAUUGUGUUCAGCUCCAGAGAAGGACUAGAUGGUAGGAAGGAGUUUCUAGUUUUCAGACUUGAUUGGAUUUCGGAAGAAGAACUCCAGGCAAUACCACAGUUGAACGAUCAUUACACCCGUGUAUCCUCUUAUGCAAAAAGGGCUCGGUCUGCGUCCGUCUCCUCUCGAGAAUCCAUGUCUAAGAAACCUCGGUCAUGUUGAUAGGAUUCUAUAUCUCGCCUUUCCAGAUC